AUGGCACAAUCCUCCGUUAAAUCCAAAGAGUAUAAAGAGAUAACGGGUUUACAUCGUAUAACCCAGAAACGUAUAAAGGAAUUGUGUAAAAAAGAUCGACUCUACCAAACACCUAAAUUAAACGAUGUCCUCUAUUUGCAUUAUCAAGGUUUUCAGGGCAUCGAGUGUCUAGAGGAGUAUACCGAACUAAAAUGUCUUUGGCUGGAAUGCAACGCGAUUUCUGAAAUUCAAGGGCUUGAAAAUCAGUCAAAAUUGAAAUGUUUAUUUUUACAGAGCAAUCUCAUCCAACGAAUCGAAAAUUUGGAUUUUUGUAAAGAAUUAGACACACUGAAUCUAUCACAAAAUCAUAUACGUAAAAUCGAAAACUGUAGUUCGAAUAUUUUGCCUAUAUUGAAUACCUUAAAUCUGUCAUCGAACUAUAUUAGGGAUUCAGAAGGUUUAAGAGAAUUGGAACACUGUCAAACCUUGUCUGUAUUGGACUUGUCGAAUAAUCGUAUUGACGAUAUAUUAGUGGUGAAGGUUUUUUCUAAAAUGCCCGAGCUUAAGGUAUUGGUACUGCAAGGAAAUCCAGUAAUAUCAAAAAUACCCCAAUAUCGUAAAACGUUAAUAUUGGAAUGUGCAAAAUUAACUUAUCUCGAUAGCCGCCCGGUUUUUCCUAAGGAUAGAGCAUGUGCUGAAGCUUGGAAACGAGGUGGAUACGAAGAAGAACGUAAGGAAAAUAUGCGUUGGAAUCGCAAGGAACGUAAGAAGAUUACAGACAGCGUGAACGCCACCAUACGUAUGCGCAAUAAAUUUCGUAAAGCUGACGACCAACUGGAGUUAAUACCGUCUUCCGAUUCCGAAGAUGAUGCUACAAAUGAAGCCAAACGGCGACAACGAGCGAAAUUAGAUUUCGGGGUUAGCAUGGAAUUAGGCUUGUGGGACGAAGUGGCUGAAACAUUCCAUUCCGGAAGUUCAUCUUCUUCUGAUAUGAAUGCGAGUUCAUCAACAUCGGUGAUAAGCACAACGGAUUCGAAUGGAGGGCAAGAAUCUUCGUAUGACAGAACCAAUAAAUCAUUGGAGAUAUUUAAAAAUAUGAACUCCGAAAAGAAGAUUUUAAAUGAUGCGGGUGAAACGGACGCCAAAAUAUUGCAUGUGGACGAAAGUGGCCAUAUAGGCGAAGCAUUGAAAUACGUAUCAGAAGAAAAUUGCGUCAUUGAAAAUAGGGAAUCUGAGAAGGUAGCCGAACUGACAGAUAAUUUGAAAGCUAAAAUUUCUGACUCUAGUUCGGACACUGAUGACGAAUAUAAAUCUCAGUUCAGUGAAACCGUGGAUGCUAUAAAUCGUGUCACUACCGCUAUGAAUAAUUUAUCUCGGAUUGACAAAAUGGGCGGCAAUUUUAAAAAGUGGGUCCGUUUACAAAUAGACACUGGUGAGCGCAAUAAAGAGGAAGAAGGUGAAAAUGACGAGAAUUGCGAACCAUUAAAAGCUAUGGAUGAUCUGAUGAACACAUUAUCGGAACCAAUUUCUCAUGUAAUUACAGAAGACAAUUCAUCAAUACUCACGGCUAAAACCAAAGCAGAAGUGGAGUACGAAAGAGAAUGCGCAGCAAUUAACAAGGUGGUGGAAAAAAAUUUUGAAGAGCUGUCUACCGACAUGGACCUAUAUAUGAUUGAAAUGCAUAAAGAUCGCAAUGAAAGAGAAUUAACCAAGCAUGCUAUAUUUAACCGAGUUUGUACAAACGAUGAAAAGGAAAGUAGCAGCAAUGACAGUAGCAUCCAAGAAAUGGAAGAAGAGAUGGAAGAUGUUAGAAUUCAACGUAUGGUAGAAGAGUGGGAUAAGGAGACGCGAGUAAUCGUGAGCAAAAGUGUUCCCAGAAAAUCGAAACCUAAAACUAUUCCCGAAAUUUGGUUGAAUGAUAAACCAGUUACAGAUAAUUUAAUAAAAGAGGAAGAGACAAGUAUGAAAACACGAUUUUCGUCGCAAGAAGAAACUAUGCCAAUUAUCGAACGUAAAACUGGGCUGAACCAAGAUCAAGGAAGAAUUAUUUUUGAAUAUGACGGUAUCUACGAAAGUCUUAAGGCUUUGAAAGAAGAGCGUGAAUCUUCAAUAGACGCUGUCGAAGAAUUAGCAGCUGUAAAAGAAUUGAGAAACAGCAAAGAACGACUACAAAUAUCAGAAAUUGUUGAUUGCAACCAAUUGAACGUAAGCAAAGAUGGAGAAGGCGAAGCGCAAAAAGGGGGACAAAAACUAUUACAACUUGUCAAAGAAAAGAAAUCGGUAGGAACUAUUUCAAAUAAUUGCAAUGCAGAGUUAACUGUACCAAGAGACAUGCCUAAGAAAUCUAAAUCGUCUCUUCCGGCUAAUUUUGAAUACGAAACCUUUGAAGCUUCUUAUCUGUUAUCAAAAUCGAAAGAACCAUUAAAAGCGUUCGAAGAGGAGACUAGAGGCUUGAAAAGGAUUUUGCAGCAACUGGAAGAUGAGAAUGAAACACGAUUUGAAAGUAACUUCGAACUUAUUUCAAUUACUGAAGGGAAAAUCACUGAGCAGGAAGAGGAGAAUGCUGAGACGAAUAGCAUGAAUCAAGAAAGAUCAGAAAUCGACAUCGAAUUUAUUUCAAAUAGUAAAGACAGAGUCUCGGAAAAAGAAGAAAGCAAGAAAAAAGUAGACCGAGUCGAUCGAGAGAUGUCUAUUAAUAGACAACAGAAUUCCGCAUUGUGUUUGAAAGUUUUACACGAUAUUAUUCACUCUUUAGACUUGAAACGUGCUAAACCUAAGAGCUAUGAAUUCGGAGUUAUAGAAUCUGACGAUGAGUAUAGCUACAGUGGGCCUAAGAAGGUAGAAGUAGAAAUACCUUCUGGCAAAACUAUAAGAGGUGUUACAAGCUCCUUCAAUGUCUUCUUUCACGAGUUUACUACGCGAAAACCUGAAGAAAUAAGACAAGAGUAUAUGAGCCGUAAAAGAAGGGGACUAGUGACUUCGACAGACGAACAGAAAACUACCAGUUUACGGGAGCUAUUGCAGGUACCCAAUAUCAAAAACUUUAAUAAAGAGACUCAAGAAUCAUUGGAUGCUCAAUUGAAAGCCUAUGAAGAGAAAAAGAAUGCACGAGUGAAGCGGAUGGUGCAACGCGUGUACGCUCAAAAAGAAAAAUAUAAUGAUAGUCUGGAAGUUGUAGGAGGUAAAUUGAUGGUGCUUAAAAAGGAUACAGGGACACUCGAAAACUUACCGAAGCCCUUAGGUGAAGUGGUUGAGAGCGAUUCUGAUGAAGAAAACGAGCUAGAUUAUGAAAGAGCACAAUUGGAUGAUAGUAAUAAAAGAAAAACUUUGCAAAUAUACAAAGACUGUAAUUCUGGGAUAAAAUCUCAAAGCUCGAUUUGCAGUAAUAGUCUACUCUGGUAUAAACCAAGACAAAGGAAAUCUGCUGAGCAUUUAGUAACGCAAGCAAGCAAAUUCAAUUUUGUAAAGAAAGGAGAUGGUGAUGGGAAUAAAGGGAAUGAUGAUGACGAUGAUAAGAGUGAAGAAUACCAAUCUCUGGACAGCAAGCCCAAGGGGGUUUUUUUCGGACACAUUGAUGAAGAAUUCUUUAAUAAAUUAGAUUUCGAAAACAUAGAAUUUAAUGAACAAGAUGAGCAACGUGUCGUGCAGUGUGCUCGGAGUUACGAUGAGCUAAGAAAAUUCGUAAAGUUAAACAAGGAUGAGCGCCAUCUAAGCGAAGAAGAAAACGAUUUAUUAGAAAAAAUGAUUGCACGUCAGGCUGAAAAACCUGGCUGUAGCGAUGCAGUCUUGCCAUCAGAUGAGAAUCUCACUCAAAAGGAAGAUUUGUUAUUGAAGAAAAUGCUAGAAAGGACCAAAGAAUUACUAGAGAAAGAAGACUAUGACAAAAACGCAAGGGGAGAUUGCAAAGAACAUUUUGAUGUACGCAUACAGAGAGUUUCGCAUUUUAGUAGUCAAGAAUCUAUUAAAUUGUAUGAGUAUAAAUUUGAAAAUUCUCUGCAAGAAAGAACAUCGACGAUAUUUGAGAAAAAUUUCCGGAAUAGGGAAGAUAUUGCAGAACCUGAAUUUUCUGGCACCGAUUUUUAUACAUUUGUCUAUCAAGGCAAAGAAGACGGCGACGAAGAACAAAAUCUUCUAUCAGAUAAAAAAGGAGAAAAAUCUGCAACUCAAUUGUCUGCCCUUAGUGAGGAACUGGCAUUAGAAAAGUCUAGUGAAGAGGAGAAAAACGAAUUAGAAAACAAUUUUGAUAAGGAAGCCAAAUAUGUCAUAAAAAAAUGCGAUCGACGUAUUGAAGACAAGGACACAGAUAGCAAAGUACAGGACUAUAGUGGCGGCUUUCAUCAACUUAUUGAUGAUCUGGAAGAAUUUGAAAACAUUGAAAUUAAAAGCGAUGAUAAACUGAAUGAAAUGAAAUUCAAAAAACUUGAAAUCGAUAUUCAAAACCAAAAAAAUAGAAUACAAAAUUUGCAAAAAAAGUUUGGAGUAAACAAAAUAACUCACUGUCAAGUCGAGCAAAUUGAAGAAAAGAGAAACUGUCUAUAUAAUCAGGUUAAACAGGAAAAAACAACAUGUCUUUAUAACGGAAACUCUGAACAUCAAAAUAUACGUUCAGACGAGGAUGUAGAAAAGGCAAUUGAAGAAGUAACAAACUGUCAAUUCGCGGCAGAGGAUCCAAAAGAAAAAGUCGUAUAUGAAAAACACAAUACUGCAGAGAUUAUUAAAGAAGCUCAACGAAAGGCAAAAUUUUCUUUAAAUAUAGAUGGGGCAGAAAAUGUCCAUGAAGCAUGGCUUUCACCAAUGAUUGCGGAUGUAUGUGGAAGCAAUUUCAAAGGAGUUAUUAAAGAUUCGAUAUGUGUUUCUCAACAUUGCGCUACAAAAAACAAUUGCUCAUUAACCAUACCAUUAGGAGAAUCCCUUGCAGUUGGCGAAAUUCCCCAGGUUGUUCGGGAUAAAAUGCAUGUAUUUCCUGCAUACGAUUGUUUUCAAACAAAAGUAGCAGCGGAUGAAAAUGAAGUUUUAUUCGGGGAAAAUACUGAAGGCUCAAAUGUCGCAAUAAUUUAUUAUCCGACAGGUACUCAAGAAUUGUCUACCGCAUCAGAGACUAUUAAUCGCGAUGAUGCGGCUCAUGUCCAAGAAGACAAAGCAGAUAGAAAAGUGGAGCUCAAAGAAAUCGAUGAAGUGGAAGAAAAGGAACCCAAUGGGCUUGAAAAAACGCUUUGCAAUACUCCUCUUCCAAGAAACAUAUUGGAAUGCACUCUUGAAAUGUUAAAUGACGACAAUGGGGAAGUUAUUGAUAGCGUUACUGUUAGCGCUGAGAUUAAUCAACUUUAA